CAUCCAACAUGGGCGGAGGGUACGGUGCUGAGAAUGGAGGGAAGAGGAAGAAGAAGGACAGGGAUUUGGAUGAGCUGAAGAAGGAGGUGGCCUUGGAUGACCACAAAAUCUCCCUGGAUGAUCUGGGAAAACGCUAUGGACUAGACCUCGCUCAGGGCCUGACCAACGCCAGGGCUGCUGAGGUGCUGGCUCGAGAUGGUCCCAACGCCCUGACCCCGCCUCCCACAACCCCGGAGUGGGUCAAGUUUUGCCGUCAGCUGUUCGGCGGCUUCUCCAUCCUGCUCUGGAUCGGUGCCAUCCUGUGCUUCCUGGCCUACAGCAUCCAGGUGGCCACGGAGGAUGAGCCAGUUAAUGACAACUUGUAUCUGGGCGUGGUGCUGGCGGCCGUGGUGAUCAUUACAGGCUGCUUCUCUUACUUCCAAGAGGCCAAAAGCUCCCGCAUCAUGGACUCCUUUAAGAAAAUGGUACCACAGCAAGCCAUGGUGAUCCGGGAGGGGGAGAAGAUGCAGAUCAAUGCUGAACUUGUGGUGCAGGGAGAUCUGGUGGAGAUCAAAGGGGGAGACCGCAUCCCAGCUGACCUCCGAGUGAUCUCCUCCAGCGGAUGCAAGGUGGACAACUCUUCUCUGACGGGAGAAUCAGAGCCUCAGACCCGAUCCCCAGAGUUCACCCAUGAAAAUCCUCUGGAGACCCGCAACAUCUGUUUCUUUUCCACCAACUGUGUUGAGGGCACGGCUCGUGGCAUUGUCAUAGCCACAGGUGACCGUACAGUGAUGGGACGCAUCGCCACACUGGCAUCUGAGCUGGAGGUCCGCCGGACGCCCAUCAACAUUGAGAUCGAACACUUUAUCCACAUCAUCACAGGUGUGGCCGUCUUCCUUGGCGUCAGCUUCUUCAUCCUGUCACUCAUCCUGGGCUACACCUGGCUUGAGGCUGUCAUUUUCCUCAUUGGCAUCAUCGUGGCCAAUGUGCCUGAGGGACUACUAGCUACUGUCACUGUGUGUCUGACUCUCACUGCCAAACGAAUGGCCAAGAAGAACUGUCUGGUAAAGAACCUGGAGGCCGUAGAGACUCUCGGCUCCACCUCCACCAUCUGCUCCGACAAGACGGGCACAUUGACCCAGAACCGCAUGACCGUGGCCCACAUGUGGUUCGACAACCAAAUCCAUGAGGCGGACACCACCGAGGACCAGACUGGUUCUGGUUUUGACAAGAGCUCUCCAACUUGGGCUGCUCUGUCUCGAGUGGCUGGCCUGUGCAACAGAGCUGAUUUCAAAGCCGAUCAAGAGCACAUUCCCAUCCUGAUGAGGGAGACGGCGGGGGAUGCAUCCGAGUCCGCUCUGCUCAAAUGUAUCGAGGUGUGCUGCGGGAGUGUUCGUGACUUAAGAGGCAGGAACCCCAAAGUGGCAGAGAUCCCCUUCAACUCCACCAACAAAUACCAGCUUUCUAUCCAUGAGGUGGAAGAUAAUCCAUCUGGUCAUAUUCUGGUCAUGAAGGGAGCGCCGGAGAGGAUCUUAGACAGAUGCAGUACCAUUAUGAUCCAGGGCCAGGAGCAGGCACUUGAUGAGUCCUGGAGAGAGUCUUUCCAGAAUGCCUACAUGGAGCUGGGAGGACUUGGGGAGAGAGUGCUGGGCUUCUGCCACCUGAAUCUGUCUUCAUCCCAGUUCCCUCGAGGAUACACUUUCGACACUGACGACAUGAACUUCCCCACCGAGCAGCUCUGUUUCCUGGGCCUCAUCGCCAUGAUUGAUCCGCCACGUGCCGCUGUGCCUGAUGCAGUUGGAAAAUGCCGCUCUGCUGGCAUCAAGGUGAUCAUGGUAACAGGGGACCACCCAAUCACAGCCAAGGCCAUCGCUAAGGGCGUGGGCAUCAUCUCAGAGGGCAACGAGACGGUUGAGGACAUCGCAGAGAGGCUGAACAUCCCUCUGAGCCAAGUUAACCCCAGGGAUGCAAAGGCAUGUGUGGUGCACGGGUCGGACCUAAAGGACAUGAGCACAGAGUACCUGGACGACCUGCUGAGGAACCACACUGAGAUUGUAUUUGCCCGCACCUCUCCUCAGCAGAAGCUCAUCAUAGUGGAGGGCUGCCAGAGACAGGGGGCCAUCGUGGCUGUGACUGGCGAUGGCGUGAACGACUCCCCUGCCCUCAAGAAAGCUGACAUUGGCGUUGCCAUGGGGAUCACCGGCUCUGAUGUAUCCAAGCAGGCAGCUGACAUGAUUCUGCUGGAUGAUAACUUUGCGUCCAUCGUCACCGGAGUGGAGGAGGGUCGUCUGAUCUUCGACAACUUGAAGAAGUCCAUUGCGUACACGCUGACCAGCAACAUCCCAGAGAUCUCACCCUUCCUCCUCUUCAUCAUCGCCAGCGUUCCUCUUCCUCUGGGAACGGUCACUAUCCUCUGCAUCGACUUGGGCACUGACAUGGUUCCAGCCAUCUCAUUGGCUUACGAGACAGCCGAGAGCGACAUCAUGAAACGCCAGCCUAGGAACCCCAAAACGGACAAGCUGGUCAAUGAACGUCUCAUCAGCAUGGCCUACGGACAGAUAGGUAUGAUCCAGGCUCUGGCAGGUUUUUUCACCUACUUUGUGAUUUUGGCUGAGAACGGUUUCCUGCCAAGAACUCUGCUGGGCGUCCGCAUCCUCUGGGACGACCGUGAGGUCAAUGACCUGGAAGAUAGCUAUGGGCAGCAGUGGACCUAUGAGGAGAGGAAGAUCAUUGAAUUCACCUGCCACACCGCCUUCUUUACCAGCAUUGUGGUUGUUCAGUGGGCUGAUCUUAUUAUCUGCAAGACCAGGCGGAACUCCCUCUUCCAGCAGGGCAUGAAGAACAGAAUCCUGAUCUUCGGCCUGUUUGUUGAGACCGCUCUGGCAGCCUUCCUCUCUUACUGCCCUGGAAUGGACGUCGCCCUGCGCAUGUACCCUCUCAAGACCUGGUGGUGGUUCUGCGCCUUCCCAUAUAGUCUUCUCAUUUUCAUUUAUGAUGAGGUCCGUAAAUUCAUUCUGAGGAGGACCCCUGGAGGUUGGGUGGAGCAGGAGACGUAUUAUUAACAUUCAGAAAAUGUCAGUUUGAUUGUGCGUCUGUGAGUGAGUGUAUAUGGGUGUGUGUGCUUGUGCAGUCAGAGCUGCUGUGUGAGUGUUAGUUGUAAUACUGCAUGGAUCAGUUCACAAAUCUGAUUAUCAUAAAAAUACUGCUGAAAAUAGGCUUUUGAUUGUUCUUUGAUUUUUUUUUCUCUGAAAACAUUUCCAGCAGAAGAAUGGUAAUGUACACCUCUGUACCUUACAAAAACUGUUAUUAAAAUGACACAUCGUGGCCGGUGUGGUCACUGUGGAAUACCAAAUAUUGUUCAAUGUAUGAAAUGCACCAAAUAAAAUGGAUUCCAG